CAGCCCUGAGGCAGAGAUUCUAGGGACCCCACCUCAUCAGGAGCUGGUCCUGCCCAGUCACCUGACUUUGGGGGAGAAGAGGAGGAAGGGGUGGAGCUGCCCAGCCGGCUUGUCAGCUGAGAAACCCGGGAGGCUGCAGACAGGGCAAGAAGAGGACAUUUAAACCUGAGACAGAACUCUGGGGAAUUGAGGGACCUCGAAGACUCAGGAAAGAAGAGAAGGAAGUCAGCCGCUGAACUGGAGGGCCACAGGGAGUACAGCUGGGCCAGGAGCUUGGCCACCAUCCUGCCUAGGACAUAAAGAAAUGCAGCCACACUGGGGCUUUUGUGGCUGGACCUGGUGGGAUCCCCCAGGGGAGCAAGCCCGUGGUUGGAGACCUCCUACAAUGAGAAAAGCCAGGGCUCUGCGGGGCAUUUGGAUGGUGCUGACCCUGGGCAGCUUCCUGGCUCUCUGCUGCUUAGUCGAGGCCAGACCAGAGCCUGGCAGAGGGGACCUCCAAAUUCUACAGAGUAUCCUGCCUGGGCUCGGUGUUGAAUUUGGGUUUCACAACGUCAGCUGCUCAGUCUGCAAGGCCCUGUUCACUGCCAUCGACAUUGGGCUGGAGUUGGAGCCCAAUGUGGCCCGAGUGGGGUUUGUGGCCACCAUUGUGUGUAAACAGCUGAACUUGGCACCACCCAAUAUUUGCCAGUCUAUUAUCAAGCUUUAUGAGAGGGAUAUGGUGGAAAUAUGGACACGUUCCGUGCUGAGCCCAUCUGAAGCCUGUGGGCUGCUUGUAGGUUCUUCCUGUGGACACUGGGACAUACUCUCAGCCUGGAAUAUCUCUUUGCCUGCUGUGCCCAAGCCCCCAUACAAGCCUCCUGCUCCCCCAGCACCUGGUGCUCCUGUUAGCCGUGUUCUGUUCCUCACAGAUCUACACUGGGAUCAUGACUACAUGGAGGGUGCAAAUCCUGCCUGUCCUGACCCUCUGUGUUGCCGAAAAAGCUCAGGUUUACCACCUUCCUCACAGUCUGGUGCUGGCUACUGGGGUGAAUACAGCAAGUGUGACCUGCCACUGAGGACCUUAGAGAGCCUCCUAGCAGGGAUAGGCCCCGCUGGGCCCUUUGACAUGGUCUACUGGACAGGAGACAUCCCUGCCCAUGAUGUCUGGAGUCAGACCCGCCAUGACCAACUACGAGCACUUACUACCAUCACUACCCUUGUGAAGAAGUACCUGGGGCCUGUGCCUGUUUAUCCAGCAGUGGGCAACCAUGAGAGUACCCCAGUCAAUAGCUUCCCUCCCCCCUACAUUCAUGGAAACCACUCAUCCAGCUGGCUUUAUGAUGCCAUGGCCACAGCUUGGGAAUCUUGGCUCCCCCGACGCGCCCUCCACACCCUCAGGAAUGGGGGAUUCUAUUCCCUCUGGCCUAGACCAGGCCUCCGUCUAAUCUCUCUCAACAUGAACUUCUGUUCCCGGGAAAACUUUUGGCUGCUCAUCAAUUCCACAGACCCCGCAGGGCAGCUGCAGUGGUUGGUGAGAGAACUGCAGGCUGCAGAGGACCGAGGAGAGAAGGUUCAUAUCAUUGGUCACAUUCCCCCUGGGCACUGUCUGAAAAGCUGGAGUUGGAAUUACUAUCGAAUUGUGGGCAGGUAUGAAAACACCAUAGCUGGCCAAUUCUUUGGGCAUACCCAUGUAGAUGAAUUUGAGCUUUUCUAUGAUGAGGAGACCCUGAGCCGACCCUUAGCUGUGGCCUUUUUGGCCCCCAGCGCCACCACCUAUGUGAAUCUGAACCCUGGUUAUCGAGUCUAUCUAAUUGAUGGCAACUACCCAGAGAGUUCCCAUGUGGUUCUGGACCAUGAAACCUACAUCCUGAAUUUGACAUUGGCCAAUGCUCCUGGGGCCACCCCUCAAUGGGAGCUCCUCUAUCGGGCCCGAGAAACCUAUGGGCUUCCUAAUGUCUUGCCAGCUGCCUGGCAUGACUUAGUGUACCGCAUGCGGGGCAAUAUAGGGCUUUUUCAGACCUUCUGGUACCUGUACCACAAGGGUCAUCCUCCUGUGGAACCCUGUGAGGGUGCCUGCCAUCUUGCUACCCUCUGUGCCUUGCUCUCUGCCCGCUCAGACAGCCCUGCUCUCUGCCGCCACCUGGUACCAGACCUGCCCUUGCCCCACACUGGAACUCUCUGGCAGAGGCUUGUGUUUUGCUAGCAAAGGAAAGCUCAGCCAGCCAAGCAGGGAUCACAGAGGAUGGGGCCCAGGGCAUUGCAGAGGGGAGGAAUGCCUAAUCUCUAUCUCUAUCAAGUAUUAAAUAAGAGAAGGAGGGUUAGCUAACUGGAUGUGCCAUAGACUCAGGUGAGCAAGGAAGGUUGGCGUCUCCUCUCCUGGAGGUGUCUCAGCACCUGAGAGACCUGUCUGGCCAGAGGAAGGAGUAAGCAGCUAGCUCUUGGGUCACAGUGUGGGCAGGAAAUUGAUGCUUCUCCAUAAGCACCACCCACCAAGGCUGCUAUUGCUCCUGCUUCCCUCAGUACCACACCUGAGGAGGAAUCACAGCUUUGGAUCUUUAGCAAACAGCCCCCUUCCCUUCCCCUUAAGCUGGUUCUUGUUGCCUCAAAGAUACCAGAACUGAGAGGCCACAAAGGGCUGGCACUUCCUUCUACCUGCCGGACAGGAGUUCCCCAUCCAAAGUUGCCUAAUCUCCUGGAACAGUUACAAUAAAGAUAUGUGACACAGUG